GCGAUAUCAGCAACGGCUGAUUGGCUCGUCCAGCGGCAAGCACCACAGCGGGUCAAACUUCGGAGUGACUUUGGGGGAAUCCUUCGUCUCAGAACGAACGUCUCGCUAUAUCUACUCUGUACAGCAAAUCGAUCCAGAGGCGUUUCUCUGCCAGAUCUGCUCUCUCUCCCUCUUCCUCCCGUCACCGCUGCCAAAACUGGGAAGCCCACGAACUACCGCCACUACUAGUCCACUACAUCCCAUCGCCUCAUUCGAGUAAUAUACGUGAUUUAAGGUGCUUUCUGGCCCUUUACGAACCCGACGAGACAGGUUGGAUCCAGGAUACGUUUCUCGUUAGGGUCUUUCCCAUUCGAGUGCUACUUGACAGACUGUUGCCUUCCGAAGCCGAACAAAAUCAUCAUGUCCAACAUGUCAACUAACAGGCCUUUUCUGGCCAACUUCCUGGCGGCGUUUCGAGCACAAUCGACGUACAAGGCCUCGACAGCUGGUACUCAGUCCGCCGCAGGUCCAUCCUCCUCACUCUCUGCCGCUCAGAUCUCUCAAGGGGCCCGAGCAAUAGCCACCAAAGCCGGUGCCGGCUCGAAUGCGGCCACUUCAGCAGAGCAAGCAUCCUCUACCACUGCUGCCGUACAAGCGGCAUCAAACCACCAUUAUCAUCACCACUCUUCCUCUGCGGCUGCCGCAUCUUCACAUGCUAGACCUCAUUCCCACCCUCGACCGUCGCUGAAUCAGACUUCCCCGAGUACAGAAUCCCCUGCUUCUUCUAUCUCCACCCCUCUAGCUCCCUCUUCCCCGCCUACACCUGCCUCAUCAAAUCCCAUCCCCAUCGCGGACGGUCAUGACCGCCAACGGCGAGGGAGUGACAGUUCCAGUGGAUCGGGAGGCUUCCGGGAUGCCCUUGGCCCGGAGAAGUGGUAUAUCGGCGGUCGAACAGCUGCAGGAGAGGAACGCUUCUACCGGUUAGGGAUGGUGACCAAAGGUGGUGGACGACUGGGAGGCAGUGGACGAGUCGGGAGCAUUGAUCAGUUGAGCCUUUGAUCUGCGUUUGCUCCGAUCCAUUGGAAAGCUUCUCCAACUUGAUGAUCCUUAUGAUUGCGAAAAUUAUAUUAUGGAUGGGCGUUUGAGUGAUUGGCAUUGGUUUGGGUGUUUAAGGGCGUUUCCAUCUUACGACGGG